UUCUUCUUCUCUUGUUUGUCCUAAACUAAACAAGAGAGAGAAAGCGUUGAAGCUUUUCUUCUUCAUUCUCUUCUUUCAUUCCUUUCACAUACGUAUUCCUUUUUUAUUCCUUUCAAUCUUCCAUUACCGAUCAAUUUCUCAUACGAAUUCACACUCUCCCUACUUAUUGAUCCUCUCUUUUUCCUCAACUUUUUUCCAAUACCAUUUUUUCUGGGUUUCGUUCAAAAAUCAAAAACAAUUUUUUUAGAAAAAAAAUCGUAUUUUGAAAUUUGGGUCUUGUUUAUAACAACCCAAUUAAGUUUGGGGGAGAAAAAUUUGCGAAAAAAAAGGAUUGGAAAAUGCUGGGUACUACACUGCAAUUUGGUGGUGUUGGUGGUGAUGAUCGGUUUUACAUUCCGGUGAAGACAAGGAAGAAUCAGAAUCAGCGUAAGCAAGCUCAGAGAGACAAGAAUGUUGAAGAGGAAUCAAUAACAGUUGCGUCUGUAGAAGAGUCUGUUAGUAACAUUGAUAGGUUCUUGGAUUCCACAAAGUUAUUGGUUCCAGCUCAGUAUUUCUCCAAGACGACAAUGAGAGGUUGGAAGACUUGUGAUGUCGAGUAUCAGUCUUACUUUGCUCUGAAUGAUCUAUGGGAAUCGUUUAAGGAGUGGAGUGCUUAUGGUGCUGGAGUCCCUUUACUACUUGAUCAAAGGGAAUCUGUAGUCCAGUACUAUGUUCCGUAUUUGUCAGCUAUUCAGCUAUAUGGUCAACCUACAGAAAAGUCGAGUGCCAAGCCAAGGUACAUAAGUGAAGAUAGUGAUGGGGAUUACUACAGAGAUUCAUGUAGUGAAGGAAGCAGUGAUUGCGAAUCUGGAAAAAGGACAGAAUGUUUUACAGCACAGAGAAGCAGUAAACACCUGACAAGUGGUGUCUCUUCUCAAAUGAGCACACUGUCUAUACAUGACAAACACAAUACAGUACAAGAAGGAUUUUCUAGUAGUGAUGACAGCGAAACUGGGAAUCCUCAAGAACUGCUUUUUCAGUAUUUGGAACAAGGUCAUCCUUAUGGCCGUGAACCGCUGGCUGACAAGAUACUAGAUCUUGCACGCGACUAUCCUGCCCUCAUGUCGUUGAGAAGUUGUGAUUUAUUGCCAAACAGUUGGAUGUCUGUUGCAUGGUAUCCUAUAUAUCGAAUACCCACAGGCCCUACUUUAAAAGAUUUAGAUGCCUGCUUUCUAACCUACCAUACACUCCAUACACCCUUGACAGGAAGUGGUCCUACUCCUGGUCCUGUACUAGUUUAUCCCAGUGAGAUGGAUGGUGUACCAAAUAUUUCCAUACCUACUUUUGCAAUGGCUGCCUAUAAAUUAAAGGGAUCUAUUUGGAUGAAAAAAGAAGUUAGUGAGAAUCAAGUAAUGAAUUCCCUCGUGCAGGCUGCAGAUAAAUGGUUAAGGCUAGUUCAGGUGAAUCACCCGGAUCAUCAGUUCUUUAAAUCGCAUGGCACAUACUACAAAUGAAUUGAAUGAUAUGGCGUGCCAGUUAUAUUCCCUCGGUUAAAAUUAAGCCUUAAUUUCAUUGCCGUGGUGCAAACUUUAUUAAAGUCCAUCCAUCUGUAGAGAUUGUGAUGGCACGGUUGUGACAGCCUAAUUGUAGGUUUUUCUUAUACGCCUAAGCAGCACAAAAGAUGAAACUGAUCUCAAGCGAUGAAUUCGUUGAGAUUGCCAAAGCGAAGACAUAAAAAAGAAAAAAAACUGGUUUUUAUAAGUGGAACUCCCUUCUGAAAAGGGAGAAAAAUUAAAUAUGAAACAAAGAUUAAGUGGGUAUGACAGAUUAACAGAGUAUGUGUGGGUUUAAGCCAAACUGUACAAGUAUUUACAGUUCAAUAAUGGCUGAGACCCCUUUAAUUUCUGGACAUAAAUAUUUACACAUGUUGUGAUAAUAGAAGAAAAUGGAAGAAAUACUAGAUUUCACUGUGGUGUGGCACAAUUUUGGUACUAUCUGGUGAACAUAUUGUUGCUCUGAUGAUAGGAUAGAUGGUAUUGUAUAAUUCAAAUGAAUGAUACACUUUGUGUUUUUGUAUGCCAAAUCUUUGAAUGGUAGUAUAUGUUAGUGUUAUGUUGUUGGUGUUAA